GUCCCGUGCCCGGGGGGAGCAAUCUCUCGCGAGAUGGGCAUUUUCGCGCCUUCACGAUAUAGACGCUUUGUCGAGAAUGGUGGACCCCACCAUGAACGGUGCUUACCCGUCCAUGUCACUAUCACGCGUGGCAGACAUAAUAUCGUUGUGUAUUCAG